AACAGAAAGUUAAAUUAGAUUUCACAUGAUACAUCUGUGGACAAGACCCAUUGAAAACUGAAUCCACGACCAAACUCAUCUUAUAUCGACUGGAGUGUUUAAGAUGCAUCUCUGGGUGUCUAGUUUGGCACUGUGGAGUCUCUUGGUAAUAUGCACCCAGUGUGGCACAGUGGGGGCCCUUUUUGACUGGCUGAAGGAAACGCCAACACCAACCCCUGCCCCACCACCAGUUGGUCCAGCUGCUGUGCCAAAUGACCCUCCCACCUUUGAAAUGCGUGUGGUGGAUGAGAAGUUUCUUGCUGAGGGCAAUAUGAUGCAACUUAGCCCUCUAGACAGUUGUCAUUUACGGGUUAUCGGUCAGCUGAGGUCUACUUGUGAUGGUUUGUCAGAGGAGAGUCUGGCCAAACUGGGUGUGGCACUUUUUAACUGCCAAGCGGAGGUGGAGGGUCGGCGGACUUACCCCUGCACAGAGGAAAUGUUCUUAAAAGAGUGCACUGCCAACAUGGAUUCUGACACCUGGAAUGCUUACCACAUAGUGAGCAACAGAGCACGCUCCGUGUGUUAUGCCACUCGGCAGCAGCACUUCAGACGACGGGCCGAGCUCACAGUCAACGCCCUCAUAGCCACGGCAACCAGCCAGCUUGAUGCCAUGGAGGACCUAAAGGAAGGCCAGAAAGAACUGCGGGACCUGACCGCAGCAUCUCUUGAUAAGUUGCUAGAUGGGCACAAUGUCCUACAGCUCCAGCAGGGGGUGCUCAGAGAUGGUCAGGAACAGCUUGAUGCCUCCAUCAGUGCCAACCUGCAGACACUGGCACAGGAGAAGGCCCUCAUCAGCACCGGGCAGGAGUUGGUAGCACAGCUCAUCCAGGGCAUCUCUCAAAGAAUGGAGAACGUAAGUGAGCAGUUGCAGGCUCAAGGUUCUGAAGUGCAAGAUGGUCAUCAGGCUAUUCUGGAUGACCUGGCAGAAGUUAGAGGCCGUGCCCAGGACAUCUACAGUAAAAUAGAGGGCAACAUGGUUGGGUUCUUGCAACAGCAAAAUGACACAGCACGGUUCUACUCUGAGCUCAUGGGGAAGCUGGAACGCAUGAACAGCACUCUGGGGUACCUGCUACUUUAUCUGGACAACAUGCAGGGACGACUGGAGGACCGACUACACAUUAUCCAGAGAUACCUGGGAUGGGCAGGUAUGAAUAUUCGUGCUGUCUGGACCUGUGUGAUGCAUGCUGGGUACUUCCUGUUGAGUGCUGUGCUGCUGUCCUUCCUUCAGUGCCCCACGUUCUCUCGUCUCUCUCUUAUGGUCACAGUGCCCCUCAAUGCUGUUGCAGAAGUCAACCAGCAAUCUGCCUUCGACCUGUUCACACUUACAUUCCUGUUGUUCACUCUCUCCUUAGGACGCUGGUUUGUACUACAGAUGCUGUGGGUAGUGUCCAGGAUUAAGGGGGGCACUCCUCCUGUGGCUCUGUGUGGUCCUCCAGGCAAAGUGAUUGAAGAGGAUGUUCCUGAGUACGAGUCUCGUCCAUCGUCCACUCCCAAGAAGGAAUACCUGGACAGUGGUACAGGAUUGGAAAUUGAUGGUCAAAUCAGCUUCAUGGCAGGUGACCCCAGUCUGGUGGCUGUUUCUCCCCCACAACCACAAUGGCGGUCUCGAUUUGGCGGACCAAGCCUGUGCACAACAAACCAUUCAACACCUGUGGUUAAAAACAAGCCUGGUCUAUCUGGAGUUGUCUUUGAGAAUAUCGCCCAACGGAAUCUUGCAGGGGUCCUGGACACGGUUGACCAGUCUUGUAAUUCCAGCAUGAAUCACUCCAGUGCCAGCAAUGGCUCCAUUUCAGGACGUCCUCUGUGUGGUGGGACCACAAAGUUGGGGCACCCCUGUAAGAAGAGAGCCGUGCUGGGCCAGGACUUCUGCCGUGUUCAUGAGGCCGGCCACAUGUCUCACAACUGAUUAUGAUGCUGUUAAAUUACACCCCCUGCCUGAAAGACAUAAUGAAGGCAUACCUUUAUGUAUUUUUAAUCAUGCUUUUAACUAGGGUUUUGUAUCUGUCUAUUUAUAUUUACGGUUCCCUCCCACACACACAUUUUCCCCUCAAAGUUUCUGCAUGUGUGUUUUUUUUU